AUGGCCGAAGACAGUCAUAUCACCGCGAAGAAGAACUCCAAGUUGGGAAAGAUCUUCUUGUCGUUCGUCGAUACAAUCGAAGGCUUUCACGAUCCCUCGAUCCUGGCACUUGUCAAGCAAGUGGCCUCAUCAUCCCCGUCACCAACCGACAUAGAAGCAGCCUGGGAGCUUCUUGGCGGAUGGACCAGCACGGGCCUCACCCUUCCCAAAUCGAUUCCGCCUGCACCUGCACUGCACUUCCCUGCCGAGCACCGCUUGCAUUUCGAUGUGCCGUUUGAAUGGUACUUCGUUACGCUCAGCCUCAACCUCGAAUGUGGUGGCCGUGUCAGCGCGGUCUUCAUCAUUUUCCGCAAGGCCAUUGGUACACAUGCGUCCUCGCCAAAGCAUACCACAGAUCUAGACCGGCAGAUCUUCAGCACAUCUUUGGGUAUCACAAUCGAGAUGCCUGGUGCCCCGGCUGUUCAUCAUGCCUUUCCAGUCAUCGCACGCGCUCCAAUCGAGGGUGGUGUCAAGUAUGGCAACAACCCGUUCCAUCUGACUGUCGGGAAGAACUCGUUCAACGGCAGUGUUGAUGUCUUCCCCCUACGCGUGCACAUAGACGGUCCAGGCGACUCUCUUGUUGGUUGCCCAACGAUAGAGAUCGAUCUAGAUUGUUCCGCCACGAACCCACUUUUCUUGCAGGGCGUCAACGGGUUUGUUGGUGCGCCUGGUGGGCCAACAUGGUACUACUAUAGCUGGGCUAACCAGUCCACAACCGGAUCUGUGAAAAUUGACGGGCAUCACCAUGUUGUUACCUCAGGUGUCACCUGGAUGGACCAUCAGUGGGGUGGUUGGGAUGUGCCAACCAGUCCAACAAAGCCGGGGGGCGGCGGAUGGUGCUGGUUCGAGUUCCAGUUUGAUGGUAACCGCGCCCUCACGCUGGCUUGCCCACACAGCGGUAAAAUCGUACCUUCUUUAUGGGGUUUUGGAGUCUACGUCGAAGGGAAAUCAUCGAGUCUUGUCGAAGCGAAGUUGGACGUCGGCCAAUUCGCAAAGAGCCCAGAAACAGACGCGAAUUAUCCCUCAGCAUGGCACCUUGUUGUGCAGUCAGCAACGGUCAAUCUUGAUGUCGUCGUGACUACUGUCUGUGAUCAGCAGUCGUUGUGGCAGGGUGGGUUGACUGAGUAUGCAGAAGCAGCGUCCACCGUGGUAGCGACAGGACACGUUGAUGGGAAAGAGGUCACGAUGGAAGGCGUUGGAUAUUGUGAGAGUGUUGGGCUUGAGGAUUAUGUGGAGGCUAACACCAGACGCAACAUGUGGCUGCUCUCAUCCCUUCAGCACGAGAAUGUGGACUGA